AUGGCGAGCGAGGCUUCCUUUGAGAAUCUCGCCCAGCGCUUCCAGCAUCUGCCCUUGAUUGACAGAUACCCCAACUGCUUUCCUGACAUCAACCCGGUCGACGUCUACCGAGCUCACAUCACCAGCAUCUUGCACGACAUCACCGGCGUCGACAGGAGCAUCAUCUAUCCCGCCUUGCAAUGGACUGCAACGCUAGAAAAGGGAGAUCUCAUGCUUGCCAUUCCGGCUCUUAGGGUCAAGGGCAAACCCGACGAGCUGGGCAAGCAAUGGCUGGAAAAGUGGCCCGACUCUCCCCUUGUCGAGAAGCCCGUGCAAAAUGGAGCGUUUCUCCCUUUCUUCUUCAAGCCCGCCCCGCUCACCAAGACUGUCAUUCCCAUGGCACUGUCACACCGAUUUGAUUUCGGCACCAACUCGACCGUCGGCCUCAGGGACCAGAACGAUCUUUCCAAAGGCAAAAAACGCAUGCUUGUCGAGUUUUCGAGCCCGAAUAUUGCCAAGCCGUUCCAUGCUGGGCACUUGCGAAGCACUAUUAUCGGUGGUUUUCUUUCCAACCUCUACAAGAGCGCCGGAUGGGAUGUCGUCGCCAUCAAUUACCUGGGGGACUGGGGCAAGCAGUACGGCGUACUGGCCCUGGGGUUCGAAAAGUACGGCAACGAGGUGGACUUGGAACGAGACCCCAUCAAUCAUCUCUUCCAGGUCUACGUCAAGAUCAGCAAGGACGUGGCAGACGAGAAAGAGCAGGCCGAGAAGAUGAAAGCCGAGGCUCGAAAGUACUUCAAGAAGAUGACUGAGGGAGAUGACGAGGCGCUUGCCCUUUGGCGACGGUUUCGGCAGUUCAGCAUCAAGCGGUACAAGGAGACAUACGCCCGACUCAACAUUCAUUUUGACGAGUACUCUGGCGAGAGCAAGGUCUCCGAAGACGACAUGCACAAGGCUGCCGACAAGAUGAAGGAGAUGGGCUUGGCUGAGGACCACGAGGGCGCGCUCCUCAUUGACUUUGUCAAAAACGUCCCGGGCAAAGAGGGCAAGCAGCUCGGAAAAGCCAUUCUCCGGAAGAAGGACGGCACGGCUCUGUAUUUGACGAGGGAUAUUUCCGAACUGCUGAACCGCGCCGAGAGGUACAAGUUCGACCACAUGAUUUAUGUCAUUGCUUCGGAGCAAGAUCUCCACGUGAAGCAGUUCUUCAAGGUUGUGGGAAUGAUGGGACACCAGGACAUUGCUGCUAAGUGCCAGCACAUCAACUUCGGACUCGUGCUGGGGAUGAGCACCAGAAAAGGCACCGUCAAGUUCCUCGAUGAUAUCCUCCGUGACGUUGGCGACCACAUGCACGAGACGAUGAAGAAGAAUGAGGAUAAGUACAAACAAGUCGAAAAUCCAGCCAAGACUGCCGAUAUCCUCGGGAUAUCCUCGGUCAUGGUGCAAGACAUGUUGGGCAAGCGAAUCAACAACUACAAAUUUGACCUGCAGCGGAUGACCAGCUUUGAGGGGGAUACCGGUCCAUAUCUCCAAUACGCUCAUGCCCGGCUCUGCUCCAUCACGCGCAAAGCUGGCCUUACCGAAGAGAACCUCACCUCGGCAGACCUGUCCUUGCUUACUGAGCCGAUGGCCAUUGAUCUUGUACGCGUCGUUGGCCAGUGGCCAGAUGUUGUCCAAAACACGUUGAAGACACUGGAGCCUACAACGAUCUUGGGUUACCUGUUCAAAAUGACUCACGUUCUGAGCACAAGCUACGGCCAUCUCCGGAUCGUGGGCAGUGAACAUGAGGUCAUGAAGGCACGAAUGGCGUUGUACGACGCUGCCCGGGUUGUCCUGUACAAUGGCAUGAAGUUGCUUGGCCUGAGCCCUCUGGAACGGAUGUGA